GUGAUCAGAGAAUGAGAGUAGCGUGGUUUCCUAUGGCUUCCGGUGUAUUCCUCAACGGACUCCGGCUGCGUUUAUCUUGCUCGGGAUGCCGGAAGCCGCCGGAAUCCAUGCUUCCUUUUCUCCGCGGAGCCAUACCUUAUGGGAGACAUAUUAUCAACGCAAUAUCUCCUUCAACAUUACAGCAUCAACUUUGUCUUCAAACCCAGUGGUUUUCUAUGAGGUACGCUAACUCAAACGCCUCAAACGGGAAUUCUUUCACUGUCUCUUAUCUCAUUGACACCUGUGGCUUCUCACCCCAAGAAGCUGAAGCAGCUUCUAAGCGCGUCAGCUUCGAAACGAGAGAGAAGCCAGAUUUGGUUAUCAAGUUCCUGAAGAGUCAUGGAUUCUCACGGCUCCAGAUUCUUCAUUUCAUUAAAUCGGUUCCAGAAUUCCUUCGAUUUGAUCCUGAGAAGACCUUUAUGCCCAAGAUUGAAUUUUUCAAAUCCAGAGGCGUUUCGAGCUCGCACAUCCCUAGGCUUGUGUGUAAUUGUCCUAAUAUCAUGAGAAGAAGCUUAAGUAACCACCUCAUUCCUUCCUUCGAUUUCCUUCGAGAUUUGCUUGGAUCUGAUGAGAAGCUCGUUAAAGCUCUUCAAUAUUGCUCGGCCAUUCUUGUUGAUUCUAAAGCCUCUGUGUUGCAUAAAAUAGAGCUACUGCGAGAAGCAAGAGUUCCUCAAUCAAAUAUCAUCAAAUUUUUGCAGUUUUACAGUAGAUCAUUGGCUUAUAGUACUGGUCGAUUUAAGAAGAUUGUGGAGGAAGUGAAAGAACUUGGUUUUGAUCCUUGGACGUUUCAAUUUCUUAUGGCUGUUCAUGUAUCCUUAUCCUCAAAAGAAUCCGCACGGGCUAAAAAGGUUUAUGUUUAUAAGAAGUGGGGUUGGUCUGACAAUGACAUUCUUGCAGCAUUUAGAAGGCUCCCCAUCUGUAUGACUCUGUCAGAAGAUCAGAUUGAUGCAAAAUUAGAGUUUCUUGUCCAUAAAUUGGGCUGUAAUCCUUCCAUGAUUUGCACAUAUCCUAAUGUUUUGGGAUAUAGUUUGAAAAAACGAAUUGUUCCAAGAGGUGCUGUCCUUCAAGUUCUGUUGUCAAAGGGGCUGUUGAAAAGCGAAACUUUGCUCGCAAAAUUUGCGCUUACUGAAAAGGACUUUUUAAGGAGGGUUGUCCUUUGUCAUGUGCAAGAAGAAGCUAGUGAGUUAAUGGAGUUGUAUCUCACAAAACUGGAUCAAGCAAGGUGAAUGAAGAAUGGAAAGGUUUUAAGUGCAAUUAAAUGCAACCAAGUUGAUUCAGUACACUUGCAAAUUUUGCGUAUUGAUGAUGCCAAGAUGGUCCUCCAUGAUGAAGACUAGAGUUAAAAAAAAAACAAUGUUGCCACCUCCUGAUUUCAUAAUUAUUUGCUGCUGCUGUUGUUUUCUUUUCUCACACCUGUUAACUUCUGUAAGAAACAAGUCAUUACGGUGACGACUAUUUUUGGAAUUUUUGUUACUAUAUUAGAGUUCAGAGAAUUUAUUUAUUUUUGAACUCAAUGUACAAGGAUUAACAUUCUCGAUCAAUCGUGAAUAUUCACUUUUUGAUUUGUUCAUAUGUUCAUUAUCAACUUGGUUUUCGUA